AGCUACUUUGUCACUAAUCUUCGUGGCGCUCUGGAUGGGAGGGUGCUUGUCCUGUGACGUCACAGACGGUCAUAUAGGCUGCAGCUGUGGCGGCGGUCUCGCGCAGCUGACACAAGCACAUCCUCCACUGAGGACCGGUGGCGCGCGCUCCCAGACUCCCAGUCCGCCACACGCGCUCCCCAAACAAAGAGAAGCACGCGAGGCAGAGGAGCAUCCCACCCUUUCAGCCGCGAGCUCACGACCAGAACCGCCCCCCCUCCUCCUCUUCUUCUUCUUCUUCUUCCUCCUCCUCUUCUUCUUCUUCUUCUUCAUCUUCAUCCCUCUCGGACGCAUCAGAACCGGUCCGGUAUGACGACCAACGGCGCCGCUAACGGGACCAGCGACAUGCUGCAGAUCCAGUUCGGACUCAUCAACUGCGGGAACAAGUACCUGACGGCGGAGACGUUCGGCUUCAAGAUCAACGCGUCCGCCACCAGCAUGAAGAAGAAGCAGAUCUGGACCCUGGAGCAAAGCGGCGACGACUCCAGCGGCAACGUCUUCCACCUCAAGUCACACCUGGGCCGGUACAUCGCCGCGGACAAGGACGGCAACGUCACCGGAGACAGCGAGACCCCGGGCCCGGAGUGCCGGUUCAUCAUCACGGCCCACGAUGACGGCCGCUGGUCGCUGCAGUCCGAGCCGCACGGCCGGUACCUGGGCGGAACCGAGGACCGGAUCAUCUGCUUCGCGCAGACCGCGUCCGUGGCGGAGAAGUGGAGCGUGCACAUCGCCAUGCACCCGCAGGUGAACAUCUUCAGCCUGACGCGCAAGCGGUACGCACACCUGAGCUCCAAGGUGGACGAGAUUGCCAUCGACCGGGACGUCCCGUGGGGGGUGGACUCCAUGAUCACGCUGGUGUUCCGCGACCAGCGCUACCACCUGCAGACCUCCGACAACCGGUUCCUGAGGAACGACGGCGCGCUGGUGGCCACCACGGACAAGAGCACCGGCUACACGCUGGAGUUCCGCUCCGGUAAGGUGGCCUUCAGGGACUGUAGCGGCAGGUACCUGGCCCCGUCCGGGCCCUCUGGUACCAUGAAGUCCGGGAAGAGUGGACGCGUGGGGAAGGACGAGCUGUUCGUGCUGGAGCAGAGUCACCCGCAGGUCGUGCUCACGGCUGGGAACGAGAGGAACGUCUCCACCCGGCAAGGUAUGGACCUGUCGGCCAAUCAGGACGAGGAGGGCGACCAGGAGGUGUUCCAGGUGGAGAUCUGCCGUGAGAACAGGAAGUGUGCCUUUCGAACCGCUGCUGGGAAAUACUGGACCCUGACCGCUAACGGCGGGCUGCAGUGCACCGCCUCCACCAAGUCGGCUAAUUGCUACUUUGACAUCGAGUGGCGUGGGAAGAGGCUGACUCUCCGUGCUGCCAACGGGAAAUACGUCGCCGCCAAGAAGAACGGCCAGUUAGCAGCAACCAUCGACUCUGCAGGUGAGUCUGAGGAGUUCCUGAUGAAGCUCAUCAACCGUCCCAUCAUCGUCCUGAGGGGGGAGCACGGGUUCAUCGGGUGCAGGAAGGUGACGGGGACUCUGGACUCGAACCGCUCGUCCUACGACUACUUCACCCUGGAGUUCAGGGACGGAGCCUACAGCCUCCAAGACUCCACAGGUAAAUACUGGAUGGUGGGCAGUGAACAGUCUGUGGUGAGCAGCAGUGAUUCUCCCGUCGACUUCUUCUUUGAGUUCUGCGACUACAACAAGUUGGCUGUUCGUCACGCCGCCGACGGCAAGUACCUGCGCGGCGACCACGCCGGCGUCCUGAAGGCCAACGCCGACGACCUGGAGACGGCCACGCUGUGGGAGUACUGAGACCCCCCCCCACUCCCUCCUCCCUCCCUUCCCCCUCGCCCCCCACCACCACCCUCAUCCUAAAAGGUCGAUAGACUGCACAGAGAGAACAGGAAGGAUAAAAGAAGAAGAGUCCUUCCUACCUCCCUCCUUUUCCCCAGCUCUUUAUCUGUUGCCAUAGUUACCACGGGGGCUGUGCACUUUUCUCUGGUUCGCUGCUCAACCUGCCCCCCCCUUUCUCCAACCUCCAUAUCCUCCCUCCCCAUCCUCCAUCUUUAAAGCCUCCCGUCCUUCCGUCCUUCCUUCCUUCCUCUUUCUUUCUUUCAGUUUGUCUUUCUACUCGUCUCUGUUAUUGUCUGAGUGGCGGCGAACGGUGGCAGUAUUUAAUUUGUCUCAGCCGGUCUGGUAACCCCCCCCCCCGACCAUCUUAUUCUCGUCUAUUUUUAUUUUCAUCUUUAUGUUUCUCUGUCUACCUGAUCUAAAGUCUCAAAAAAACAGACUGGAUAAAAAAAAUUAGCUAUAAAAAAAAAAAUUAAAAAUAUAAAAAAAAAAAAAAUUAUCUUUAAAUAUCUAGAACGAUGUUUGGAUCUUGUAGGUUUCCUGCCUCUGUCAGACCAGGCUGUUAUUAUUAUUUUGUUUUUAUUUAGUUUGUGAUGAUAUAACUGGAAUGAGGAUGAAGAUGAAGAUGAUGAUGUAAAUGACGGGUUUCAUCUCAACCGGUAAAACAGUUCACGUCUAGCUGCGUUCCCAUUGGUUGGUCCAGGAGACCAAAACCAGGAAGUAGGAAGUCACACACGUCUUAUUGGAAACAAAAUUAACAUUUCUCCAUUUUUUUUUUUUUUUUUUUUUUCUACCUGAUCUAUAGUUCUGAAACGGAUUGGACAAAAUUAUUAUUAUUAUUUUUAAUUUUUUUUUUUUAUAUCCGGAUCUAUCAGACCAGGUUGUUUUUUUGUUUUUUUUGUUUUAUAAACAUAUAUAUUUAAAUAUAUAAACUGGAAAGAGGAUGAUGAAGAUGUAAACAACAGCUUUCAUCUCAAGCCUAAAAUAUUCAAAAAAACACGUUUACAUGCUCAGCUGCAUUCCCAUUGGUCCAAAACCAGGAAGUAGGAAGUUUAAAAGUACGUUUCAUUAUUAUUAUUAUUAUUGUUAUUAUUUCUACCUGAUCUAAAGUCCCAACAUGGACUGGAUAAAAUUUGCUGGAAAAAAAAUCUUGAACACUGUGUGGAUCUUGUAGAUUUUUAUUGGUUUGUGAUGAUAUAACUGGAAUGAUGAAGAUGGUGAAGAUGUAAACGACAGCUUUUCAUCUCAAGCAUAAAAUAUUCCAAAAACCUUUCCUACGUCGUUCCCAUUGGUUGACUGGGCGAAUCCAAAACCAGGAAGUUUAAAAAGACGUCUUAUUGGAAGGAAAACAUUUCCUUUUCUAUGUCCAAGGCACAGACAUUAUUAACAUGGGCCACUGUACAGAACAUAGAAAGUGGAGUGAAAUGAUUUAUUUGAAAUUUUGUAUUUUUAUUUUUAAUUUUUUUUUCCAAAAACCUUUCACCUCAGCCUUUUGAGACCGGAUUCACCGUCCAAACUAGAACCUGGUGCUACUAAAUGACUUUCCUAAAUCUAAACCUGCUUCUUUCUCAGUUUUAAUUUCUGCUUCAUUUAAAAAAUAUAAAUAAAUAAAAAAAAACACCAAAUUUUUAUUUUUCUCGUCUAUGAAAGUGGAGGAAGAGAUUUUUGUUUAAAAAGUUAAUGGUUUUGUGAUGCAGUCACGUAGCACAGUGAAAACCCUUCAACAAAGCCAUCGUCAGCUUUUUUUUUUUUUUUUUUUUUUUUUUUUUUUAUGUGAAGGGCUGAGAAUCGAGUAAAAGUAAAUAAAUAAAAGGAGCAUUUCUCUCCUCAAAGAACCCGGAGUCACCAGGAAGUAACCAAGAGGAACAGAUGUGGAAGGGUAAACAUGUGGUAAUGACUGUGCCUUAAAUGUUUGGGCAGUAGAAACAUUUAAAUAAAAACCUAGAAGAAGAAUGAAAAGUCUUUGCUUUGUAUAACUGGAACUUCCUUUUGUAUUAUUAUUAUUUUGUAUAAUUUUCUUUUGAUAUUGUGGAUUAAUCUCUCUCUUGUGCCAUUGGUUCACCUGAAAUCCAACGACCAAUAAAACUGGGAUUUGAAACGCUG